AUGCAGAGCUUCAACCUCGACACGCUCUUGAAGACAGUCUCAACUUACGGAGUGAAGGAACUCCUCAUUGUGCCUCCAAUCCUCAUCCAACUAGUCCAAGGCCAAGCAGACCUGGCAAAAUACGACCUCUCCCGAAUCGAACGCUUCUCUUCUGGCGCUGCACCCUUAUCAAAGGAGAUCCUGAACCUGCUCGAACAAAAGUUCCCUGGAACUGGAUUUAAACAAGCAUACGGCAUGACCGAGUCGUGCUCGGCCAUCACGUCUCACCCGCCCUCAAAAUAUGCAUACAAGUUUGCAGACAAGGUUGGGAUGCUGGUCGCCUCGACUGAGGUGAAAAUUGUUCACCCUGACACAGGAGCGGAGUGCGACGUCAACGAAGCUGGGGAGAUUUGGGCGCGCGGACCUCAGGUGGCCAUGGGCUACCUCGGAAACCCCAAGGCAAUUGCUGAAACGUUUGACAACGACGGUUUCUUGCACACAGGUGAUAUCGGAAAGUUCGACGACCAAGGCAUGCUUUCCGUCGUUGACCGAAUCAAGGACAUGAUCAAAGUCAACGGCAUUGGGGUCGCGCCCGCAGAGCUGGAAAAUGUCCUCUUGGGCCACCCUGCAGUAAGCGAUGCUGCAGUGUGCGGAAUCCCGGAUCACCGAGCUGGGGAACGGCCCAAGGCAUUCGUGGUUUUGAAGUCUUCCGUGCGGGAAAAUGCCGAAGUGGCGGAUCAACUCAUGCAACAUGUGAAAAGCCGAAAGGCAAGGCACAAGUGGAUUGCGGAAAUUGAAAUUGUUCCCAGUAUACCGAAGAGCGCAUCGGGAAAGAUACUUCGACGCCAGCUCAGCACCAGACCAGGGCAGAAAGACGCGGUUUUCCGCGACGGGUCACUUAAGGCGAAGAUGUAG